AUGUCCAACAGCAUUAGGUGUCGUGUCUCGGCGCAGGCCUACGGUUCACGGGCGGCGGCGGCGGCGGCGGUGCUUGCCUCUGGCCGCCACGCUGGCAGCGGCCGGGCUGCAGUCCUGCGUGCCCGUGCGGCUGAGACCGCCGAAGUCAAGGUUGCCAACAUUGAGGCUCCACCUCGGGUGGAGGGCAUCGCGGGGGUCGUGACCGACCUGGUCGGAAACACCCCCAUGGUCUUCCUCAACAGGGUGGUGCCCCAGAACGGCGCUCAAGUGGCAGCCAAGCUGGAGCUUAUGCAGCCAUGCUGCAGCGUGAAAGACCGCAUCGGCAAAAACAUGAUCGAGGACGCUGAGGCACGGGGCCUCAUCACACCCGGCAAGACAACGCUGGUGGAGCCCACCAGUGGCAACACGGGCAUUGGUCUGGCCUUUGUGGCCGCAGCCAAGGGCUACAAGCUGAUUCUGACUAUGCCUGCGUCUAUGUCAUUGGAGCGCCGCGUGCUGCUCAAGGCCUUUGGCGCGCAGCUGGUGCUGACGGACCCAGCCAAGGGCAUGAGGGGCGCUGUGGACAAAGCCACAGAGCUGGCGGCCACCAUCCAGGACUCCUACGUGCUGCAGCAGUUUGAGAACCCAGCCAACCCGGACGUGCAUCGCCGCACCACUGGCCCUGAGAUCUGGCGCGACACCGCCGGCCAGGUUGACAUCGUUGUGGCAGGCGUGGGCACCGGCGGCACCAUCACAGGUGUGGGGGAGUACCUCAAGGCCAAGAAGCCGUCGGUCAAGGUAAUUGCGGUGGAGCCGGCAGAGUCGCCCGUGCUGAGCGGCGGCAAGCCGGGUGGCCACAAGAUCCAGGGCAUCGGCGCUGGGUUUGUCCCGGGCGUGCUCAACACAGGCGUCUACGACGAGGUGUCGUCUGAUGAUGCAAUCACCAUGGCGCGGCGGCUGGCGGUGGAGGAGGGUUUGUUCUGCGGCAUCAGCAGCGGUGCAGCAGUUGCAGCUGCUGCCCAGGGCAAACUGAUCGCGGUUGUCAUCCCCUCCUUUGGCGAGCGGUACCUGAGCAGCGCACUCUUCGAGGCAUUGACGGCCACAGCUAUGGAUUAG